AUGAAUUAUGGCAAAUGGAAAGAUGCUACGGUACUAAGUAAAUUACUUCGCUCGAAAGGAAUUAAUUUUCAUAAAAUUCAAAAAGCACGUCAAUUAUCCUUUGGUUUUAUCCAUUUUCAUACCAAGGAAGAGCGUGUAGAAGCAUUUCCACUAUUAAAAACAAUUGAAUGGAAUGGAGAAAUGUUAGAGGUGAAAAAUGCAUUACCCAAGAAAAGUACAAAAUCGUUACGUCGAGGAAAAGCACAAGGGCAUUCAAUGGAAAAACAAGAGUUCGAACAGGACAAGAAGAGCAUUUUUUUGGCACAGGAUGUAGUGACGCCAUGGGCACAUGUACCGUAUCAGAAACAAUUGGAAAGGAAAGAAGCAGAAAUGAAGAAAGUGUUGGUAAAAAUUGUACGUCAAACGAGAAAGGAGUUUGGAGAGAAGGAGAAACGUAUUGCACAGAAUCAACGGAAUCUUGUCAAGAAAAAACGCAAAUUAGAGCAGGAAAAAAGACAAGAAAACAAGGACGUGGGAGAGGAAAAGGUGGCGGAUGGGAUUUAUAUGGACGAUACAAAGCCACAGUAUAUGUGCACAAUUCCCAAGUGGCUUAAUAGCCAUGGAUCACUCUUUUUAGUGGCAAAUCACGUGUUGUACUCACGUCCACAUGAAGGAGAUUUGGAUACGAAGUGGACACGUAUAGCGGAUGCGACAGAUGUGGUGGCGAUCAUAUCGUUUGGUAGCGAAUUAGUAGCUGCUAAGAAGGAUAAUGUCUUGUACGCUCUGAAGGCGAACUUGGCGUCGACUGAUGGAUUGUCGUGGGAGAAGAUUUGCAACGGACCUGAUGGAGCGCAGAUCACAUCACUCUCUUCUUUGCGUGGUACAUUGCUGAGUUGCACUAGCGAUGGAAAGAUUUAUAAACAGGAGGGCAUGGGUAGUUUUGCAUCGGGUGAAUGGAAGUUGCUGGGUGAAGCACCGGGUGUCACUAGUAUAGAGCUUUACAAUGGUUAUUUGUACGCGCACAACCAAGCUUCAAACGAACGUAUAUCUUGGUCUCGCGCCCCGCUUGAUGCAAAUGCGCUAGAGGCUUUGGAUUUUGAACCAUGUGUCGUGCCGAUGUCUAAGUCGUUUGGAAUGACGUCGCACAACACGCUGAUGAUUCUCUUAACACCAGAAGCAAUGGAGUUUGUGCAAGAAAAUGGUGUCGUGAAAGCCAAAGUACCCUUGCCGACGGAUCUGAAGGGAGGAAGGUUUACCGGUUUUGCCAGUCACAAGGGAUUAUGCUGCCCAAUGGACUGCAUUCGGCCUUCCCCCGUGACUGAAAGCUAUCGCAACAAGUGUGAGUUUAGCUUUGGCUUUGAUAACGAGGAUAAGCCGUGCGUUGGUUUCCGCCUUGGUCUCUUCCGUGAGGGCUCUGUCGUUGUCAGCAAGCCUGAUGAGUGCGUGAAUGUACCAACUGAGAUGAAGGCGGUGUGCGCCGUUGUACAGAAUAUCCUAGAGACUUCGGGUAUUCCCGUGUACAAUGUAACCACGAAAACUGGCGUUUGGCGUUUACUGACAAUCCGUCAGAGCGUUAGCACGGGUGAACUCAUGAUCAUGAUGCAGGUGAACCCAGCAUCCCGGACGUCAGAUGAGCGGGCUGAAGUCAAAGCCCUGGUUGUAAAGCAGCUAACUGACAGCAGCAACUCUUUUAAGGUGACUUCUAUCUAUAUGCAAGAAUACGACGGUCUGUCGGCUCCUUCGAAUGCCGACCCGGUAGAGCACGUCUUUGGAAAAACUAAGCUUGAGGAACACUUGCUGGGUAUGCGGUUCUUAGUGUCCCCGAAUGCCUUCUUUCAGGUUAACACGCGUGGUGCCGAGGUCUUGUACUCGAUGGUGAAGGAGUACGCUAAAGCGGAUGAGCGUACGUUGCUGUAUGAUGUGUGUUGCGGUACUGGUACAAUAGGCAUUUGUGCGUCAAAGGGAGUUGGCAAAAUCGUAGGAAUCGAGAUUUCCAAGCCUGCUACUGACGACGCUGAAGCAAACGCAGUACUAAACGGCGUCACUAAUGUGAGCUUUGUCAACUCCAAGGCUGAGGAUGUGAUGAAGGAUCUGCUGCAUAAGAAACUUGAGGAAAGUGGGAAGCACUUGAACCGCGUUGUAGCCAUCGUGGACCCGCCGCGUGCUGGUCUCCACCACCAAGUGCUGCGUGCACUUCGUGCUUGCCCGCCGGUGGAGCGCAUCGUAUACGUGUCGUGUAAUCCGGCUGUGUCACUAGUGCGAGACGCUGUAACGCUUUGUGGUCCCAGCACCAAACUUCUCCAGGGUCGGGCCUUUGAGCCUGUGCAUGCUGCCCCGGUUGAUAUGUUCCCUCACACGCCGCACUGCGAGAUGAUCAUUGUGUUCGAUCGCGUCAAGUCUGAGUAG